AUGGAUUCCAGGAUUCGUGCAGGUCUUUUCUCAAAAUUGUUUGCGAGCUAUUCUUGCGCCAAUUGUAUUCAACAGUACUUAAUAAAUAACUUUGUUAAUUGGAGUUCUGAAGAUAAGAUUAUUGAUACAAUAAUAAAAUAUUUCCAAAUUUCAUAUUCUCAUGACCCAACUAAAAUUAUUGAAUGGUUUCCUUAUGAAAACUUUGAGUAUGUUGUAAAAAAAGCAGUAGGCGGGGCUGGUGCUAUCUAUUUUGCUACCUUGAAAGGCACUAUUUCUAAUUGGGACUACUAUAAUAAAAAGUUUAUAAGAGAUAAUCAAUCCACAAAAGUUGCAUUAAAAAGUCUAUUGGCUUCUAAUAAUGAAUACGAAAACUUUCUCAAAGAAGUAUUAAUUCAUAUCACUCUUACGAUAGAAGUUGAAAACCUUAUUUCAUGUUAUGGGUUAACUAAAGAUCCUGAAAAUGGCAAAUUUAUGAUGGUUUUGGAGCGUCAAGAUGAUGGUGAUUUAAAAUCUUUUAUAAAUAACAUUGAUAUUACUCAUACUUGGAGGGAAGUAUUUACUUUUUUAAAUGAUAUUUCUCGCGGACUUUAUGAAAUACACAAACGUAAUAUGAUUCAUAAAGAUCUUCAUCCUGGUAAUAUUUUGUUCAGUAAUGGUGUAUGGAAAAUUUGUGAUUUUGGAUUUAGUGAACCUGCUAAUAAAAGCUCGGAAAUUAUUGGUGUGUUACCAUACAUAGCUCCUGAGGUUUUACUUGAAAAAAAUUAUACAUCAGCCGCUGAUAUAUAUAGUAUAGGGAUCAUAAUGUGGCAACUUAUAACCAAAUGCAAUCCAUAUGAAGAUGAAAAAUAUAAUAAUGAAAUCCAACUUGCAAUUGAUGUUGUUUAUAAGGGUCAUCGUCCUAUCGUUAAGUUUGAAUUAAAUUCUGAUUAUGAAAAAAUGAUGAAAAGAUGUUGGGACUCUAAUAUUUCUAAUAGGCGUAGUGCAUCAGAACUUUAUAUUUUCUCUAAGGAGAAUUUAAAAAAAAUUUUUAAAAAUGAAUUUUUUACGUCAGAAUUAAAUAUUAAUUUUGACUUGAAAUCCACUCAUACAACAAAUAUCUUUCAAGCUCCUAAACAUAUUGACACAGUUCAAAGAUCUCAACAAUAA